GCGGCAGCAGCAGCAGCGUUUGGAGUGGCAGCAGCAGAAACCAGCACCAGCCACACACAGGCUCCUCCGGCCCGAGCAGCCACAGUCCCCGGGCUGUGAUGGCGCUGCAAAGCUCAGCAAGCGAGGAAGCCAAGGGGCCCUGGCGGGAGGCAGACCAGGAACAGCAGGACCGGGUGGGUAGCCCGGAGCCGGAGCCGGAGCCCUUGCCAGUGCCCCCGCCGGAGCCCCAGCCGGAGCCGCAGCCGGAGCCCCAGCCCCUACCAGACCCCGCAACCCUGCCGGAUCUGGAGUUUGAGCCUGAGCGGGUGCACGAAUCCGAGCCCACGCCCACCGUGGAGACCCGCGGUACGGCGCGCGGCUUCCAGCCCCCCGAAGGUGGUUUUGGCUGGAUGGUGGUCUUCGCUGCCACCUGGUGCAACGGCUCUAUCUUUGGCAUCCAGAACUCCGUGGGGAUCCUCUACACCAUGCUGCUGCAGGAGGAAAAAGAGAAAAAUCGCCAAGUGGAGUUCCAAGCAGCAUGGGUAGGAGCCCUCUCAAUGGGCAUGAUCUUCUUCUGUUCUCCCAUUGUGAGUAUAUUUACUGAUCGUUUGGGCUGCCGAAUCACAGCAACUGCAGGGGCUGCCAUCGCUUUCAUCGGCCUCCAUACUAGCUCCUUCACCAGCUCACUAAGCCUGCGUUACUUCACCUAUGGGAUUCUCUUUGGUUGUGGCUGUUCCUUCGCCUUUCAGCCAUCUCUCGUCAUCCUGGGCCACUACUUUCAACGCCGCCUGGGUCUGGCCAAUGGUGUAGUGUCUGCUGGGAGUAGCAUCUUCUCCAUAGCCUUCCCCCUUCUCAUCAAAACGCUGGGGGCUAAGAUAAAGCUCGCCCAAACCUUCCAGGUGCUGAGUACCUUCAUGUUUAUUCUUACGCUGCUUUCCCUCACCUACCGGCCCCUCCUGCCCAGCUCUCAAGACACCCCAAGCAAGAGAGGUGUCCACACCCUGUGCCAACGCUUUCUAGCUCAACUCAGGAAGUACUUCAACAUGCGAGUGUUCCGCCAACGUACCUACCGUAUCUGGGCCUUUGGGAUUGCUGCUGCUGCCCUUGGCUACUUCGUUCCCUAUGUACACCUGAUGAAGUAUGUGGAAGAGGAGUUCUUGGAAAUCAAGCAGACCUGGGUGCUCUUGGUGUGUAUUGGUGCUACCUCAGGCCUUGGGCGCCUUGUAUCAGGCCGUGUCAGUGACUCUAUUCCUGGACUCAAGAAGAUCUACUUACAGGUCAUCUCCUUCCUGCUCUUGGGCCUGAUGUCCAUGAUGAUUCCCCUGUGCCGGGGCUUUGGAGGCCUCAUCGUUGUCUGCCUCUUCCUGGGCCUUUGUGAUGGAUUCUUCAUCACCAUCAUGGCCCCCAUCGCAUUUGAACUGGUGGGCCCAAUGCAGGCCUCACAGGCCAUUGGCUACCUCCUGGGCAUGAUGGCCUUGCCGAUGAUUGCUGGGCCCCCCAUUGCAGGCCUCCUCCGCAACUGUUCUGGGGACUACCAUGUGGCCUUCUACUUUGCUGGUGUGCCCCCAAUAAUUGGAGCUGUAAUCCUCUUCUUUGUCCCUCUGAUGCAUCAAAGGAUGUUCAAGAAAGAGCAAAGGGAUUCCAGCAAGGACAAGAUGUUGGCCCCUGACCCAGACCCCAGUGGGGAGCUGCUGCCAGGCUCCCCCACCCCUGAAGAGCCAAUCUAAUGCCUCUUCCUUGUCAUUGUGUGCUCCUCUCCAACCCCUUUCCUUCACCCCACCCUGCUCAGCAUUUACAUUUUUGCCACCAGCACACUUGUUCCCAAACCUGUGCACACAUUUCAGCCACCUGACCAUCCCUUUGGAGCCAAAGCUCCAGAUGUUCCAAACUCAUUAACCAAAUUCUCUUCAUGAAUGCCUUUAAACUUGCCAGGGUCCUUUUUCUCCCAUGACCUAGGAAAGCUUGGGAUCACACCCUGGCCUUUGGAAUCUCUCCCUAUACUUUCUAACCCCUAGGGGAGGAGGGUCAUGGGACCUCUCUUUCCCCUAGCUUGUUAGUCACUCACUAGAAGCAACUGUCAAAGGUGCUACUGUGUCCCCAGGAGCCUGGUGGGAAGACCCAAGCCUCUGUGUGCCGAGGAGCUCCUUGCUAUCUGACCUUAGGAGCCGUUGGUGGAGAGGGUUGGGGGAAGGGCAGAGAGGUAAAAUGGAACUAUGAGCCUUGUUUAGCCUCAGAGUUUCUGAGUGCUGUAACUUCCCAAAAACUGUGGGUGCUGUUAGUUUAUAAGUGUACAGAUAGUCUCCCCAAUAUCCAAUUGGUUAACACUCUGCCUCCUUCUUCCCUUCCUCUUUUUUCCCCUCGACUUCCUACUCAUUUCUCUUCCCUCUAUAUUUCUUUUUAUGACUGUCAGACACAUGGGUGCCUAAAGGAAGGAGGGACCCAGAUCUUGGGCCAAUAAGCCUUACCUUGGCCUAGUCCACCCCUAAUAGUAGCAUCAGUCAUACUCAUCUCAGGCUGAGCCAUACCUCACCUUUUGGCUCAAGCUGCUAUAAUCAUAGACUGGAAGAGUAGAAUACCAUGUAGGGAAGGGGCCUUACAGAGCACUCACUGAUUUUUACAUAUUACCCAUGCCAAUGCUUUAACCUGCAGGCCCUCCCAAGCAGGGAUAUGUCAAAAUGUGAAGAAAUCCCUUUCAUCUCAGCAGGCAGAGGAGGACUGAUGCCAGGGAGAUGACAUGGUAUGGGGAGAGGCAACUCAACCUGGUGAAGUACCAACUCUUCUAUCUCUCAUUAUUCACGACAGGCCAAUAUUUCCAUCUGGGGUAGGCCAUGCUAGGAACUGUUUUAGGCAAAAUCCCAUUCCCAACUUAGAUCCCCAAAAGGUAGAGGCAUCAGCUACACCAAAGUUUGGACAGUUUCUUUUAAGAAGGUAAAACCUUGCUAGCCUUUACCAACCAAUGUGUCCCUCAUGCUGUGUAUCUUAGCCCACUCUGAUUAGUGGGCAUUAAAGGUGCCAGGAAAAGGUAGACUCUGGACCACCUUCACCCCUGUAAAACAGGUAUCAGAUGAUUUCCAAUGCCCAGAUUCUGGGCAACAGUCUUGCUGAAGAGGAUUCCCAGCUAGGCUGUGUCUAGCCAGCGCAGCUCACCUCUUUAGGAGCUCAACCUCUCUCCUCACUCAGCCUCUUCUUGUUCCUUUCUCCCUAUUCUGGGCCUUGAUCUUUUGUGUUUCUAUUACCCAAAGUUUUUCUCAUCUUCUUGCCAUCCUUGGAUGUCACUAAGAGCUAACACUAAUGUGCCACUGCAAGCCAGGGCCAGGAGGAUGAGAUUGCCCCUUGGGGGCUCCAAAGAAGACAGUGACCCCUACCCAUGAGUUUUUCCAUUACAAAUAGGCAGCUGGGGCAUUGUUGGCCUCUUAUGGCUUCGUUCAAGGCCAAAGUCCUGAUCCUCCUCCACUGUCCCAGUUCAGCUCUUAUCCAUUCCUCAAAGGAAAACACACUGGUUCUUGGCUCUGUAGGUAGGAAGAGGCAUAAUUACUAUCCUAUCAGCUCAAACAGCAGUGGAACAGGAGAAGCUGCGCCCCAGGAGCCUUGUAAUUCCUAGGAGAGACCACUGAAAAUGUU